AUGGCUAGAGCGUCGUUCCUACUUGCCAUUGUAUGGCAAGUGUGCGCGCUCUUCUCCGGCCGGUUGGCGCUAGGAUCGCAGGUCGGCAGUCGUGAGACACAGCAGGCGUUCGCUGCGCCUGCGGGCCCGGCUAGCGGCAAUGCGCCUCCGGAAACCAUAUAUUCGGGUCCUCCACCUAAGAGGAUUGUGCCGCUCAUACCCAUACAACGGGACGUCAGCCGGACAGAGCGCUUGAGCAACGAAGUUAGCAUUCGCUCGUUAUCGCCAGAAUCGCAUCUCGUCAAAGUCCACACAUCGAACUGGGACAAUGUGGCAGCAGGCGAAGUACACCACGUCUUCGCCGGCAGAGGCCCCAACGGGUCACUAGGCGUCGACGAUGAAACUGCGAGAAGACAUGCCGACCGCAAUGCCCGCAAUUGCGGCAGCAUUCCCAUAUCGGAAGCAACGCCAGCGUCAUCGGAUCACGUUGACGGCGGCGUCAGUGAUGGGGUAACACGACACGAGGCCAUCUUCCCUCGCGCCCCUGGGAACGCAUGCCUAUCAAUAGGGAGUCUGCGACACACGGUAUUAGUCAUCGAAGCGUCAAUCGGCUCGCCGGAACAACGGUUCCUGCCAAUGUUGGACACUGGCAGCACAAACGUCUGGGUUGUGCAUGAGGCUUGUGAGUCGGACGGUUGCCGUGGUUCUAUGAAGUAUGACCCCAGAAAGUCCAGCACCUUCCAUUCGGCACCGGAUCAGAAGUCUUAUGUGCGCGCUAAGUUUGUAUCGGGUGAAGUUCUGGGUGAGCUAGGCUUCGAGGACUUCACAAUCGGCGGUGUUACCGUGCACUCACAGCCUUUCGCCAUGCUCCGCCGCAUCCCCGACGUGACGACCAACGACGUCCUACGGGCAACACAUUUCCACGGAAUGAUCGGUCUCGCUUUCCCCGACCUCAUGAUAGUAAAGUCCGAGCCUCUAUAUGAGCGAUACUUGCGCGCACUUGAUGCAGCGUCGAUAUUCAGCUUCUACUACUCACUCGACGGCCACCACUCUGCGGUGCUUCUUGGAGGCGCCGCUGACGAUCUGCACAAAGGCCACAUUCGAAUGAUACCGGUGGUCACCGGCUACUACUGGCAGGUGGAACUCCGGGAGGUCUGGUUGGGUGAGCGGAAAGUCUGCUGUGACGGCGCGGCCUAUGCUAUUUUCGACACGGGCACUGCCUUCAACAGCAUGCCGUACGACUCGUUUGUGCAGCUGAUGGAUCUAUACUUGUCGCUGGAUUCCGAAAGUGAAUCUGGGCAAAGGCUCCACGACUUCCCCAUUAUACGCUAUGUGUUUGGGAAUGGUGUAGAAGCUUCACUGCGUCCGGAUCAAUAUUCGUUCGUCUCCGGCGGUGUAUACCGUCCGGCGUACAUGCAAAUUAACGUCAACGUGGCUGAUGGGCCGGCAUACAUUCUCGGUAGCGUGGGCUUCAUGCCUCAUUACUACACCGUCUUCCAGGGUGGAAGUCGUCCGAUGGUAGGCCGCAGAUUUCUCGGUGGGAAUCGCGCCAACGGAUCACGAGAGCGCCGCCAUAUACAUCUCCGCACAAGGCAGCAGUGCUGCCUAGGCGUGUAA